AUGCGAAAGUUCUACCUCGCUGCUCGAGAAGAACGCGAUGCUAUCAAGUACAUACGGGGCACUGAACCCAGCUCCACGGGGAGCUUGGUAUUCUUGCCUCUAGAUCUUGGGGAUUUACGGUCGGUCAAGGACUCUGCAGAGCGCUUCAUCACAGCGGAGUCAAAGCUCCACGUUCUUUUCAACAACGCCGGCUACAUGGCCAAUGAUGACGCCAGUAUUGGAAAGACAGCGCAGGGCUACGAGAGGCAGCUUGGCGUGAACUGCUUGGGGCAUUUUCUCUGGACCAAGUUGCUGAUGCCGACCCUCUUGGCUACGGCGGCGGACAGAGGCACGUGGUCCAACGAGGUUCGCGUCGUCUUCGUGUCUUCAUUCGCAGCCGAGAUGUUCCACGAAAAGCGCAUUGGUAUCGACCUAGACAACCUGGACUACCAUCAUCCUAGGUCGAGCAUUCAACGAUAUGCUCUCAGCAAGGUUGGCGUGUGGGCUUACGGGGUCGAACUCUCGAAGCGGUACAAGGCGGACGGGGUUCUGGGCGUGCCAGUGAACCCUGGCAACCUACGAUCGGACUUGUUCAAGCAUCAGAGCUUCCUGACGAGAGUGCAGGUUGCGCUCAUGCAUUACCCCGUUGUCAAAGGCGCGUACACGGAAUUGUUUGCUGGUCUCUCUCCUGAAGUUACUGCCGACAAGGCUGGGGACUACAUCUUCCCUUUCGGACGCUUCCAGGCUAUCUGCAAGGAACUGCAGCUUGCAGCCGGUCCGGAGGCUGAGGGAGGUGUUGACUUGGCGCGUAAUUUCUGGGAGUGGAGUGAGAAGCAGGUUGAGAAGUUCGUUUGA